AUGGCCCGGCCCGUGCAGCUGGCGCCGGGCUCGCUGGCACUGGUGCUAAGCAGGCUGGAGGCGCCGAAGGCGGCGGGGGUCGCGGAGGAACCCGGUGGGCACGCGGUUUUCCGUGCCUUUCGUCGCGCCAACGCGCGCUGCUUCUGGAACUCGCGGCUGGCGCGCGCCGCCUCGCGGCUGGCCUUCCAGGGCUGGCUGCGCCGAGGGGUGCUGCUGGUGCACGCGCCCCCCGCCAGCCUGCAGGUGCUGCGCGACGCCUGGGGCCGCCGGGCGCUGCGCCCUCCCCGCGGCUUCCGCAUCAGGGCGGUGGGUGAUGUCUUUCCAGUGCAAAUGAAUCCAAUAGCCCAAUCGCAGUUUAUACCAUUGGCUGAAGUUCUUUGUGGUGCUAUAUCUGACAUGAACGCUGCUCAGACUGUAGUAACACAGGAAUCACUGUUGGAGCAUUUGAUGAAACAUUAUCCAGGCAUUGCAAUUCCAUCUCAAGAUAUUCUCUAUACCACUCUGGGAACUCUGAUUAAAGAAAGGAAGAUUUAUCACACUGGAGAAGGAUACUUCAUAGUUACUCCUCAGACUUACUUCAUCACAAAUACAACCCCCCAAGAUAGUAAGAGAGUCCACGCAAAUGAGAGUCACGUGAUACCAGCUCGCAUCACGUACCUGGUGAGCAUGGAGAGCUCUGCAGAGCUUGCACAGUUAGCCAAAGAAAAUGCUGCCCCCAUUUCCCAUUGUCAGUCUUGCCAGUGCUUCCCUGAUGUGUGCUCUCAGGAUCUCCAGGAACCUGCAGCUGCAGCAGAAGUGACUAGAAAAGGCCAGAAAGGUCUUGGGGAAUCCAAAUCUUUGGUACAGAAUCAAGCAGUUUCAGUGUCUGAGGAGAAUCCUGUCUCUGAGAAUACCAAACCUUUACCGUACACAAAAGACAGAGAAAAAGGCAAGAAGUUUGGCUUUAGCCUCUUUUGGCGCAGUAUAUCCAGAAAGGAGAAGUCCAGAACAGAGCACAGCAGUUUCUCCGCCCAAUUCCCACCUGAAGAAUGGCCUGUCCGAGAUGAAGAUAACUUGGACAAUAUCCCUCGAGACAUUGAACAUGAGAUAAUUAAACGAAUUAAUCCCAUUCUGACUGUUGACAACUUAAUCAGACAUACCGUCCUAAUGCAAAAAUACGAAGAACAGAAAAAAUAUAAUAGCCAGGGCACUUCCACUGAUAUGCUGACAGUCGGGCAUAAAUAUCCUCCAAGAGAGGGAGUUAAGAAAAGGCAGGGCCGGUCUGCAAAGCUUCGAAGGAGAGGCCAUUCUCAUAGGGAGAGACACAAAGCCAGGAGUCAGGGAAGUGAGCCUCAGCCAGGGAGCAUUGGACUGGAGAAACACCCCAAGCUCCCUGCUACACAGCCCACCCCCAGAAUUAAAAGCCCACAGGACGCAGUAGUUCAGAAACCACUUGGUGAGAACCCAUCAGAGCUAGGUUCCCAUUUAAUUUAUAAAAAGCAAAUCAGUAAUCCUUUCCAGGGUUUGUCUCAUCGGAGGAGCCCAAUGACCAAAGGGCACAACAUUCAGAACACCAGUGAUCUGAAACCCAGUCAGAUUAGACCAAAGGGAAAGCCUUUCCAAAGGUCAAGGUCUUUAGAUUCCUCACGAAUCUUGGAGAAGGAGGCCAAACGGCCAUAUGCAGAACAAUGUAAUGAUAAACUGAGGGCAGAAUCCAUUUAUAAUAAUUCUACUGUCAAACCUAUCAGUGAUGAAUUUAAUGAUCACCUCUUAAAUUACUCUCAGUGUAGUGUUUUGCAAAAUGAUAGUCAAUGCUGUUCCUUUCGGGAAUGCAUGUUGACAUGUGAUGUGUAUGGUAGAGAAAACAAAGUGAUCCCUGAAGUCUUGAGGAAAAGUUAUUCUCACUUUGACACAUUAGGGGAGGCAAAAGAGACACAGAGUGUCCUUCCAUCACCAGGUUCCUCCUCUUUAGACCAAGCAUCCUCUGCUUGUAGAUCAGUUGAUAAAACAACACACCAGUUCCAAAAUCUUGGUCUUUUGGAUUAUCCUCUUGGUGUGAACAAUUUGAGACAACCUGAGCAACAAGACGGAGACUUAGAGGAAACACUAAUGAGAAAGGCAUUUGUGCAGGAAGCAGAGACUAUGAGUCUAGAAAAUGAAGUGCUUUCUGACGAUGACCAAGCCCUGAAUCACAAUAAAGUGGAAGAUGAUGAUGGUGCCUGCAGCUCAUUAUAUCUAGAUGAAGAUGACUUUUCUGAGAAUGAUGAUUUGGGUCAAAUGCUGCCUGGCCCCAUUCAAUAUUCCUUUACUGGGGAAAGCAAAUGGAAUCAUUUAGGAAAACAAAAGGUAACUGAAAGAUCUCUGAUUGAGUACAACAGCAAAAUACAGAGGUUUGAGCUUCAGGUGCUUAAAGGAAAUGAAUGUUACAAACUCUCUGAGCUGCUUACUAAGCCAGGUGAAAGCCAAAAACCCAACCUCUCCGAUGAAAGCUGUGGCCUCAAUUCAGGGACCCAGUCCAGUUUUAACGGUGAAGAGGAACCCAGUGUUGCUAACUGUGUGCAGGCCUCAGCACCUGCUGAUGGAAGUAUACUUGAUUACUGUAGCACAAGGAAAGCCACCUCUGAGGCUGGAACCCCACAAGUCUCUGUUGGUGACACAGGAAAGAAACCAGCUAGCUGGACUCAGAGUGCUCAGAAUCAGGAAAUGAGAAACCAGUUCACACAAAAGUUAGAACUUUUCAACACUUCGCAUAAGCCAGUGAUGACUCAGGAUAGCCAACAUGAACACAGUCACUUGGAAGGAACAGAAAACCAUAGCAUGGCAGGAGAUAGUGGAAUAGACUCUCCACGGACACAGAGCCUGGCAUCUAGUAAUUCAGUCAUUCUGGAUGGUCUAAAAAGAAGACAGAAUUUUCUGCAGAACUUUGAAGGUGCAAAGAGCAGUCAAACACUGACAUCCAAUUCCUUGCUACAACUAACUCCAGUCAUAAAUGUUUAAUUUUAAUUUUUCUUUUGGAAACUAUUUUU